UUCCGGCCGCUCCGCGGGCGGCCAUGUUGGAGCGGCGGUGGCGGCGCGGCGGCGGGUGCGGGUCUGGCGGCGGCCGGUGUCAAGGCUUGUUUUUCCAGUAAUUUGGACCUUUUUAAAGCACUCACUUGACUAAUGCCAUGAAUAUUGCAGUGAACAAUGUGGAAGAAAAAGCAGUCCAUUCCUGGUCAAGAAUUUCCUCUGCAGGACAGAAAGUGCUGGAGGAAGCCCUCCGAGUCUUCAACCCAAUGUCCAAGGACCUUUCUGACACAGAGACCCAACUGGUGGCCUUCAUUCAGAGCCUCAAGGAGGAGGGCUACCAGCCCACGGUUCUGAGGAGUAAGGAUGUGUACGGGUACAGCUCGUGCACAGCAGACACACCGAGUCCCACGAAGGAGAGUGUCCAGCACAGCUGCGCCGAUGCCACCAAGUCUGCCAAGGGCCCACCUAGAUGCACCGCGGCUAUGGCAGGGGUGCCAGCUUCACCCACCCGCCUUUCAGUGAACUCCUCCAGAGUCUCUGCUCAGUCAGUCUUGAAAGGGGAUUCCACAAAUCUCCUCUUGAGCUCCUUGAAGCAGACAAGAUCCGGCACGUCCAAGGCCACGUCACGGGGCUACUCUUCAAGCACAUAUCCUAAUGUUUAUCCAGCCAUGAGACUGUCAGUGGUUCUGGAAGCUCUGGUGCCACUCAAAACUACCACAUCCUGUUUGGAGUCCAAAUACACACGAAGGCGUGUUGGGAUCUCACCCUCGAACCUUAAACUCCUCAGGGCUGCAAGUCCACCAAGGCAGUUUUCUUCAGGCAAGGCCACUAAAGUGACAGAAGGUAAGAGAUACAAGCGUUUAGUAAAGAAAGCACCAGAUCCUGCCACCCUUGCUUUAAAUCUGCUGAAGGGACCAAAGGGGGGUGUGCUGCAGGAGAGCAAUGCUUGCAAAGCCUCGGGAGUCCUCAACGGGAGAAUCACGGGCAGCUCGUCCCAAGGCUGCACCACAACACAGCAGUCCAGGACCUUGAAAAUCAAGGAUAAGGAAGCUCUGGUAGGGAAAACAGAAUGGAAGGACAGCAGCACUUACCGGGAGAGCGUCGGGCGAAAGAAGAGAAGAGCUACAGAGGCAAGAGAAGCACCACAGAGGAAAAAAGCAAAUACUGUUCCUGUCAGGAACAAAUCUCGACGAGCUCAGAGUGCUUUGAACCUGAUGAAAUUCCAGGCCAUCAAGGUGGGCAAUUCUUCCUCUGAUGAUGAAGUGAGAAGGAGAGCACAGAAGAUUCUUAGGGUCAACCUGUCCCCUGUGAUCCGAAUUCAGCCCUUGUCCUACUCUCACAGCGUCCCAUGAGUUUCUUCACUUGGUCACUUUUCUUUUUGCUACAGGCAGACCCUGUGAGAGUCCAGUGAUUCCCACAGCGCAGUCAGGCAUGCCGUGCUGUUGUAAAAGAGAAGAUGCUGGAGAGCCACCCCAUGAAAUACCUCCCCUUUUGCCCCUGCUCCACCUUUCUGCCCAGGCCUGUGGCGGGACCAAAGGAGCAUCGGCAGUGGUGGUGGGGUGAGUGCGGUGUGUGACACCAUUCCCUGCUCCUGCUGCAGGCACAACACUCCCGAGGAGUGCAUCACCGCAGCCACACUGAGGGACAUGGGGCUGUGAUUGGCCGCUGCCUGGCCCCUCAGACUUCUCUCUGCUGACUGCUGUCUGUAAGACAUCCAAAUCCAAGCCAGCUGGGACCAGUGCUGCUGGCUCAGCCAUGGGCAUCCCCUGGUGUUUAGGAAUCCUGAGGCACAGCAGGGGAGCAACAACUGCAGCCCAUGGGAUGGCGAGUCACAAAAGUUUCCUAUGGUGGAUUGACAGCAACUGACCAUCUUGUUCCCGAGUGAACUUUUUACUCUUUCACUUGUUUGUGUAGAAUGUUUCCGAAGCUAUAUUAAUAUUUAAUGUUGAAUACGUGGCUGGGCUGCUCCACACUCAGUGUUGUAUAUUUUGGAAUGGCAUUGUUUGGUGAAAAGACAGCGUUAGUGUUAUUCUGCUCUUUGGAGGAAAUGGGACAAAAACCAGACUGUCUUUUUCUUAAAUUAAGUGAACUUUCUGUUAAAAAGUCCUAGCUGGUGUCCAGCCCUUCAGUAAAAUGAUGCUCUGAACUGC